UACGUAUACCUGGAAAGGGGCGGAGAGGCCUUCAAAGGCCAGCCCCGAAUCUGAAAGGCCGCGACACGGGCGGCGGGGAGGGGGGUUAAGAGAGUGCCCCCCCGCCGUCCCUUUCAAGGCCAGGCGGAGGCAGCAGACGCCGCCGCCAAAGGUUGCCUCGGCCCAUGGACGGAGGGAGGCUUUAGCGCCGAGGGACGGGCAGGAGUGCCGUCCCGGUCCCCGUCCCGGUCGCCCCCCCCCGGAGGGCUUUCUCCCGCCAUGAAGCCUUUCAAGGGGCAGAGUGCCGUCGGCGGCAAAGGGGAUGUUAUAGAAGAUGGUGGAGAACUGGCUGAGGUGCUGUGUGAAUUUGAUGCUGUGUUAGAAGACUUCUCAUCUCCCAUAAAGGAACGUCAUUUCCAGUAUGAGGAGCACCUGGAACGAAUGAAGCGACGGAGCAGUGCUAGCGUGAGUGACUGCAGUGGCAUCAGUGACUCUGAGAGUGCGGAUUCACUAUGCAGGAACAGUUUCAGCUUCAGUGAUGAAAAGCUGAAUUCUCCAACUCUGUCUACUCCAGCUGUAUCUGGUCCAACAGUAGCUUCUCGAAAAGCAAAACUUGGAGACACAAAAGAACUAGAAGACUUUAUUGCUGAUCUUGAUAGGACCUUGGCAAGUAUGUGAAACAAGCUAUUUUGGCACAGUACCUCUCUUUCACAAGGUUGAGCCUGAGCUAAGACCUGCUUUAUUCCAUUAUCUGAUGUGACAGAGAAAGUUCCCGUAUGUCACAAGCAUGCUGUCAGAGGGUUCCUCUUGUAAACAAUCACAGCACUUGUCUUCUGCAAAAAGAUUCGAAUAACCAAUGUGCUCAUCUUGUACUUUUUCGUAAAAUAUAGCCUAAUAUUAAUUUAAAACGUGUUCAUUAAAAAGUUUGUAAUUUUAUAUAGAUAACUUUAAUGAUCCUUUGGAUUACAAUGUAUUUUUAUAUAGAAAUAAAAUCUGAACUAGAAAAAAGUGGAAACAACCAAUAUUUGGUUGAAAUAGGAUGCCAAAUGUUUUACUGACAACUGAUGUAGUGGAGUGUUGGACUAGGACUCAGAAGACC